AUGUCUUUCUCUCAAUCUUCCUGUAAUAUCAAACUCGAAAACCGGGAUGGCAAGACCUUUCUCUCACGUGAGGCCGAAAGCGAGUCAGGCAACGUGAGAUAUACCGAAAUUGAACUCGAUGAGAGGAUUGGGAAUCAUGAGGGUUUCUUUGAGCUUGGGUCGAAUUUCACCCAGACUGCAAGAAACGUCUACUUGGAAUCCGAUGGCCACGUCCCGUAUCUGAAGGCCGAAUUGCAAAUGGGUAGUGGAAAUUAUCGCGACCGUAUUGAGAGCAUAAAUCUCGACGAGUACAUUGGUAACGAUAACGGUGUGAAUAAUCGAUUCGCCUUGCUGCAUAGCCAUGCGAGCGUCUUAGAUGAAUUGAAUGAAGGUCUUUUACAGCUACUCGUUCCAUUAUAA